UGAAUUUACAUAAAUAAAUGGAUAUAUAAACCCGAGAGACUGAGAGAGCGAGAGGAGACGUACUGUGACAGACGCGGCAGUUAGGGUUUCCCGCUGAUCCACCACUCUAACUUAAUUCUCAAUCUCCCCAUCACUUUUAGAGCUCUGAUGGUUGAUCAUUCUCCUUUGCAGCUUGUUAAGGUGUACCACUUAAAUACUGAUGAGAAGUGGGAUGACCAAGGAACUGGGCAUGUUACUGUUGAUUAUCUGGAGAGAUCAGGAGAACUUGGCUUGUUUCUUGUUGAUGAAGAGAAGAAUGAAACAUUACUCUUGCAACGUAUUAGUUCAGAAGACAUAUACAGAAAGCAAGGAGAAACAAUAAUUUCUUGGAGAAGUCGGGAGCGUUCAUCUGAGAUAGCUCUUAGCUUUCAAGAAAAAACCGGCUGCUCCUACAUAUGGGAUCAAAUAUGUUGUGCUCAAAGGAGUCUGCAGUUUAGUACUAUUAACAACGAUGCACAUCAUGCCAUGAACAAUGAUCUAAGAGAGUUGCCUCCAGUUGAGCUAUCAACACUAGCUCUAAUACAUAAGACCGUAGUUGAGGGUAGCAUCACCGAUCAAUGUCGGGUGACAGAACUCAUAGUACAUGAUCAAGGUUUUUUACGGAAGCUGAUGGACUUAUUUAGAGUUUGUGAAGAUUUGGAAGAUAUUGAUAGUCUUCACAUGUUAUAUAGAAUAGUCAAAGGGAUCAUUCUGUUUAAUAGUCUGCAAAUCUUAGAGAGAGUACUUGGGGAUGAAUUGAUCAUGGAUCUCACUGGAUGCCUUGAAUAUGAUCCUGAGAUACUUCAUACCCAUCAUCGCAAAUUUCUAAGAGAUCAUGUUGUAUUUAAGGAGGCCAUACCUAUAAAAGAUCCCCGAGUUUUGUCGAAGAUCCACCAAACAUACAGAAUUCGUUAUCUUAAGGAUGUUGUUCUGCCUAGAGUUUUGGAUGAUGCCACAAUUGGAAGUUUAAAUUCAAUGUUACACUCAAAUAAUGCAUUUAUUAUUACUAUGCUUAAAGAUGAUUCUACCUUCAUUAAGGAAUUAUUUGCACGCUUAAAUGCCCCCGUCAACUCUGCAGAGUCGAAGAAAAAUAUGGUGCUUUUCCUGCAUGAGUUUUGUUGUCUAAUCAAGAGCUUGCAAACAGUACAUCAGUUCAGAUUUCUAAGGGAUCUCAUAAAUGAAGGCAUCAUUGACGUCAUUGCCGGCAUUCUGCAGAGUGAAGACAAAAGGCUUAGAUUAACAGGCGCAGACAUCCUUAUUCUUUUUCUGAAUCAAGAUCCAAACCUUACAAUCUGUUCUCUCACUCGGCAAAAAGGUGUUCCUCUUGUUGGGCUUCUGGUCAAAGGCAUGCUUACAGAUUUUGGAGAUGAUAUGCACAACCAGUUUGUUGAAAUUCUCCGUAAUCUUUUGGAUGGCUCUGCUUCAGGAUCACAGAGAGAUACGAUCAUUGAUAUUUUCUAUGAGAAGCACUUGAAUCAAUUGAUAGAUGUCAUAACAUCAUCUAUUCCUUCGAAUGGUGCCCGCAAAGUUGCUAGCUCUCAGUGUAUGCCGAGGGAAAGUAGGGUGAAACCAGAGAUACUUCUAAUCAUCUGUGAUCUCUUGUGCUUCUGCGUAUCACACCAUUUUAAUAGAAUAAAGUGCAACUUCCUUACUAACAAUAUCAUUGAUAAAGUUCUAAUUCUUACUCGAAGAAGGGAGAAAUACCUUGUAGUUGCUGCUGUUCGGUUUUUCCGAAUUCUUGUAUCAUGGAAUGAUGAUCGUGUAAUGAAUCAUAUCGUGAGGAACAACCUUUUGAAACCUAUAAUUGACGCUUUUGUCCAAAAUGGAAGACGUUACAACCUGUUGCAUUCCGCUGUUCUGGAGUUAUUUGAGCAUAUCCGGAAGAACGAUUCGAAGGUACUACUCAAGUAUCUAGUUGAGUCCUUUUGGUUUCAGUUGGUCGUAUUUAACUUACCUUCAAUUCAUUCUUUGAAGGUUAGAUAUGAGCAGUCCCUUGAGAUUCGAGAAGAACAUGGUCCAACUAAUGUAUUAUACUCAAGAAGACGAACAGAUGAAAUUGCAUUGGAUAAAGAAGAGGAGGAUUACUUUAAUGGGGACAGUGAUGAAGAAGACUCAGCAUCUGGAUCACUGUCUCGAGGCGAGAGAUCAAUUUUUGUCUCAAAUGGAUCUGCUUUAAGCCAGCCUUCAGUAAGUUCAAGAAGUUGUAGACCUGUUAACCAUGCUGACAAUGGCGAUGUCGAGAAAUACAAACCACCUCCUAGGAAACGCUCAGAAGAGUCUGAAGAAAAUGCUGCAGAACCCGUUAGAUUAAAGCGAAAGUUUUCAUCCAUGGAGGAGCCAAGGCAUUUUAAACGACAACGUUUAUGCAUAAAUCCGAAGUCAAAAGAUAGUGUAUUCGCUGCUUUGUGCUCAACAUUAAGUCAAGUAGUCUUACCCAGCAAGAAAAUAGCAAGUUCUGUGCAUACAGUUCCACGUUCAGCCUCAAUUAAGAUUUUUAGUGAAUUGAAUAACGAAGAGGGAUCCAUCUGCUGUUCUCCAAAGAGUUCAGAUGUGGAAAAUCAUGCAGAUAAGGAGCCACUCCCUUCCCCUAAAAGCUGUCCUGAUAGCCUGCUCUGCCUUCCAGCAAAAAAAGAGAGCAGUGAAGACGACUUCCCUUUGGUAUCCCCAAAUUCCUCUCCUGAAAUGACUGUUAAUGGAUUCUAUGAACAAAAAUUGUGAGUUUGUCUGCUUUAAUUAAUGAUGUCAUUUCUAGGGAGGCUGUGCUACUAAUGCACGAUUUUGCAGCAUAAAGGGGGAUGAAAAUGUAUAGAGCCACUGAAAGGGGUGCAGCCGCAGGUUCAAGAUAUCUAUAUUAUUAGCUUUCAUAGCUCUGUAGUCCUCAGUAAAAUUCUUUUUCUAUAGAUGGUUCUGAGAAAUCAUUUUUACUAGAGGGUGCAAGUGCAUUUCUGCUGCAUAUAGUUUUUUUGAUCUGUGCGGUUUCUGCAUGGAAUUUGUUUUCUGGUAAUUGUGGUUACACCUGACUACCUGAGGUAUAUCAUAUCUUAGUUAAAAAAAGAGGUAUAUGUAAUUUAGUAUAGAUGGUC